UCCAUCUCGAGGUGUAGGUGGGUUUUUCCUCCUCUUUCCUGUCUCUCGAAUCAUGGCACCUUCAGCGAAGACGGGGUGGACAAGCAGCAGAAUCGCCUACAUCGCCUCUCGCGUAUAUUUCGUCCUCAUCAUCUUCCAAAUCCCUCUGUUCAGGGUCCCAUGCAGAUCAGGGAUGUGUACAACGCCAAUACAAGUGACAUCUUCACAAUUAAUUGCAAAUGAAGUAUUUCCUCCAUUUAUUGUGAAGGCUCUCCUCUACCCCGGAGCUAUAGUGAAUGGUCUCCUCAGAAACAUGACCUUCCCAAGCUGGGACAAUUUGCUUCACAUGUACAACCUGACAGAGGCUAAAAAUGCUUCAGCAGUAGUUGAUCUUCAGCGCCUAGAGGUUCUUGCUGGAAGCUACUUCUCCGUUGCAGGUGCCCUCGUAGGUCUCAUAAAUCCUGGGAGAAUGACCUUGUUUGGGACUCUCUUGGUUGUCUGGGGCCUUGUAAAGGAAGGGAUUUUGGGGAAACCAGCAAACACUGAUCCAACAAAAGCUGUUUAUGUCUACCCAACAAUUGUGGUUGCACUAGUAUGUGCCUUUUCAUCUAUAAGGUACAAUGUGAAGAAGGAAGUCAGAAAUGGUCAGGCUGCACCCGUCGCCAAGCCACUGAAGAGCUCGGCCAAGUCGAAACUGAAAUAGAUGAUGCACGGGGAAGAAUGGGUUCUUCCAUCAGAAAAAAAUGGGAAGAAUGGCUUUUGCUCGAUUGCAUCAGAUUAUUUUGAUUUUGUUUGGCAAGAAGCCAAUUUUAGAACUCGUUACAGUGCUGUAAUAGUAUGCUAUUUAUGACAUAGGAAGUAGCAAAAAAAUUCAGUGUGAUGUUCAGUAUUUAAACUCGGUGCUUGUAGUAUGUACACAGGUUACAGUGAGAAUAUGUCGGCUUUUGGGGCAAGCAGUUAACUAUCAUCAUUUCUGAGAA